AUGUCGUCCCUUUCAGUGAAGCGUAUAAGACCUUGUGAUGCAGCAAUUCUGCAUUUUUAUAGGGAGGCAAACAAGCAGCAUGUAAGAUGUCAAAAGUGUUUAGAGUUUGGACACUGGACGUAUGAAUGUACAGGGAAGAGAAAAUAUCUGCAUAGACCUUCGAGGACAGCUCAAUUGGCGAAAGUUCUUAAAGAAAAAGAAAAGCAACUGUUACUGCAACAAAGCACUGGAGAAAGUACUGCAGAAAGGAAGACCAAGAAAAAAAGAUCUAAAAGUGUGACCAGUUCCAGCAGCAGUAGCAGUGCCAGUUCAGCUAGCGAUUCCUCAUCUGACAGUGAAGACUCCUCUACCUCUUCUUCUGAUGAAGACAGUGACAGUGAUGAGAGCUCCUCUACUUCCUCAUCCUCUCCCUCUUCAAGUAGUACUUCCUCUUCUUCAGAGUUUGAAACAGAUUCUAGUUCCUCCAGCAGUAGCAGCAGCAGCACAGACAGUAGCUCUGAUGAUGAACCACCAAAGAAAAAAAAGAAGAAAUAGUGUGGUACAGUGUAGAACUGAUGUUAGUGAAUGAAAACAUUCUUCAAAGAUGUUUUGAACACGUUAUUGCCAAACAGUUUAACUGGUCAACGUUUCUACGGCUAAAACUUUCUAAAUGUUUUGCAUAGUUGGUCAUAUGACAUAAAAGGUAUUAAAUGGCAUGUGAGACUUAUUGAAAGAGUAUUUUUGUGGUUAAUCCUUUUAUGGAAAAUUUUACUUUUUUAGUUUAAAAAAAAAUCUAUCAUCAGAUUUGUUUAUAUGAGCUAAGGUCCAGUAACCCUGAUGUUUACAUGAUGGAAAGCAAAAGCUUUUUGUUGCAGAUCAUGCUGUGCAUCAUAUACUACAAUUCUGGUUUUGGCAGUUUCACUUACAUUUAGAAAACCCUCUAAACUGUUUAGAAGCAAAAGUUGUACACUGCUGGCUGUAGAGCACUGUCAUUGUUGAAAGUGAAUGCACAAUGUUGCACACACGGGACUUCCAUUUCACUGUUAACAAAUGUAUUAUUUGCUGCUGAGCUUUUUUUCUGAUGGCUUUUCCUGAUGCUUCCAGGUUGAGUCUUAAUUGCAACGUAAACUUUUAAUAGUGCUCAUUUGUUAAUGAUCAAUAUACUACUUGUCCUAUGUACAAAGGCUUUAGUCUUCAACUUUGCCUGUAUCCUUAGCUCAUAUAUUUGUAAUACUCUCGGAGACAAAGAAUGUCUCUUGCAGCAGCCUCUGUGUGAGAAAGAGGAGCUGUGCAUAGUGGAAGAAUUAUGACUGAUGCUGCUUAGGAGUUUCAUCUUUGUGCCUUUUUUGUAAACGUGUCCUAGUGAGAGAAGGGCUUGAGUGGGUGUUUUUCAAUACUCAAUUAGCUUUCCGUACAGAAGAUGGCCAAUAAAACUGGAGAGAGAGUAGUAACAAACAAAAACAGGCCCUGUUUUCACAGAGAGAGGAGAGAAAGGCUAUUUUCACUGGAUGCUCAGUAAGAAAAGGAGUCACCUUUAAAUAGAGUUCCCAAAGGAAGAUGUUUCUCUUUUGAUAUUUUUGCAAAAAAAAAUUGUCGUGUAAUGCAAGAUUAUCAAUCCGUGUUGUUGGGCACAUGGUGGCUGGCGUUAUAGUCUGCAGUAUUAUCAGUCUGUUAUUUCUAUGUAACAAAGUGUACACGUGUCUGUGAAAAUCCAGCAUGGGAGAAGCAAGUUAGUGCAAAACAACAGCAACAACAAAAUCCGAACAUACUGCAGAACGUUUAUUGCUGGUUGCAAAAUGAUCCUAAUUUGCUCUUUUGGUGGAUUUGAGCAGUUGGCAGUAGUGUUUUAAUUAGUGAUGCGGUCUCCUAAAUUUCUUAUUGUUGGAGUUCCCUUUUUUUGGGAGGGGGCAUCACACGUGGAAGAAUUCUUAAAUAUCCUGGUUUAGGUAAAAUAUAGUAACUAAACUAUUUUUUAUAUUUUUAUGGAAAAAGUAGUGUGUAGAAUUACUUUUGAAUAAACUGUGCUUAUAUUUAAAUGUUUGAAAAUAUGUAUGUUGUACGUUUUGGUCUGUAAUCAUUACUGUGUUUUACAGAACACUCCAGACUGUAAAUAAAAUUACUGGAAAAUUGUUUAAGUCCUCUUGAGCGAAUGUACCAUUCAAUGGGAAA